AUGGCGCCAGAACAAGGUUCAGCUUUUUCAGAUGAGCGUACAGCGAUCAUGCUGAGGCGCCUGCCGCCCAAGCUAGCGACGGAGAAGCUCCUCCAGGUCUUGGAUGCGAUUGGAGGUGGAUACGACUUCGUGUACAUGCCCCAUGAUCGGCAGAAGAAUCGCAACGUGGCGCUGGCUUUUGUGAACUACGUC